UGUAUUUGCUUUUUUAUCGUUGCAGAUUUUUUGUUUUAAACAAUGAUGCUGGCCUGCUGGAGUACUUUGUGAAUGAGCAGUCGAGACAUCUGAAGCCCAGGGGUACCCUGCAGCUAGCUGGAGCUGUAAUUUCACCCAGUGAUGAAGACUCUCACACCUUUACGGUGAACGCUGCCAGCGGGGAGCAGUACAAACUGAGAGCUACUGAUGCUAAAGAACGGCAACACUGGGUUAGCAGGCUACAGAUAUGCACACAGCAUCACACGGAAGCUAUUGGAAAGAACAACCCUCCUCUGAAAUCUCGCAGCUUCUCUCUUGCAUCCCAAGGAAGUGCCAACUCUCCUGGUGUGCAAAGAAGACCCAGUCAAAAUGCAGUUUCCUUUUUCAAUGUUGGACAUCACAGAUUGCCAACUGGAAAAAGAGUUCCUAUUAUGCAGCCAGAUCACCUUGUAGAUGUUAGAGAGAUGAUGUCUCAAGCUGAGGGCCAGCAGAGAGACUUGAUAAGGAGCAUAGAAUGCCUUCCUGUCUCCGGUCACCUUACAUCCUUGGAUCAAGACCUAUUAAUGCUGAAAGCAACUUCCAUGGCAACCAUGAACUGCUUAAAUGACUGUUUCCAUAUUCUCCAGUUACAACAUGCUUCUCAACAAAAGGGAUCCUUACCAGCAGGAACGACGAUCAGUUGGUUGGAACCGAAGAUAUCUCUGGCAAACCACUUCAAAAAUGGAGCAGCUCAGAAUUUCCCAGCAGAGAUAAACAAGCCGGCAUCUGUCAGGGAAGAGCAGUCCAUUGCAGAGCCCUGCCAGCUAACAAGGGAACCUGAAGAAAUAAAUCCAGAUGAGGAGCUGGAGGAUAUCUGUGAUGAUAAAGAAGAUGAUCUAGGAGCGGUAGAAGAACAGCGCAGUGUUAUCUUGCAUCUCUUAUCUCAGCUGAAACUUGGCAUGGACUUAACAAGAGUGGUUCUUCCCACUUUCAUUUUAGAGAAGCGAUCGUUGUUGGAGAUGUAUGCGGACUUCAUGUCCCAUCCAGAUCUCUUCAUUGCAAUCACAAAUGGCACUACUCCUGAGGAGAGGAUGAUCCGCUUUGUUGAGUAUUAUCUCACUUCAUUUCACGAAGGUCGCAAAGGAGCUAUUGCAAAGAAACCAUACAAUCCAAUCAUUGGGGAAACAUUUCACUGCUCCUGGAGGAUGCCCAAGAGCGACAUAGCCACUGAUGCUGGCAGUAACUUCUCUGCUCACUCCCCCUCAGAGCAAGUAACUCUGUCUAAAGAUCUGGAAGGCCAAACAGAGCUGGACUACUAUACAGUAAAAUUUGUAGCCGAGCAAGUAUCCCACCAUCCUCCUGUCUCAGGGUUUUACGCUGAAUGUGUAGAGAGAAAGAUGUGUGUCAAUGCCCACGUCUGGACAAAAAGUAAAUUCUUAGGAAUGUCAAUAGGAGUGACAAUGGUUGGUGAGGGUCUCUUAAGUCUCUUGGAACAUGGGGAAGAAUACACGUUCUCUCUGCCCUGUGCAUAUGCUCGGUCAAUUUUAACUGUUCCCUGGGUAGAACUGGGAGGAAAAGUCAACAUUAAUUGUGCGAAGACUGGGUAUUCUGCAAGUAUUAACUUUCACACCAAGCCCUUCUACGGUGGCAAAUUGCAUCGAGUCACAGGUGAAGUGAAGCAGAACGCAACGAACACAGUCGUGUGCAGAGUGCAAGGGGAGUGGAACAGUGUGCUUGAGUUCACCUACAGCAAUGGAGAGACAAAAUAUGUGGACUUGACAAAGCUGUCUGUGACAAGAAAACGAGUCCGGCCCCUUGAGAAACAAGGACCGUUUGAAUCUAGGAGGCUGUGGCAGCAUGUAACAGAGUCUCUGCGGGAUGGAGACAUUGACAAGGCUACGGAGCACAAGCGAGCCCUUGAAGAACGACAGAGGAAUGAAGAGAGGCUUCGUGCUGAAACAGAAACACCUUGGUGUACUAAAUACUUCCUUAAAGAAGGAGAUGGCUGGGUUUAUCAUAAACCCCUCUGGAAAACAGUCUCGACUGCGCAAACUCAGCAAACGGACACUAACUAGAAAAGCUGCAUUAAGAUGAGUUUUCUGAUUUUCCUCUCCUUUUCCUCUGUCUCUCAAAACACAGUAAUCACACUGAGUGUCCCCUUUUUAUGUAAUUGUGAAAGUUUAAAUGAGCAUAAAGAAAAAAAAAUACUAGGGCACUUUAAAGCUAUUAAAAAAAGAUUAAAAAAAAAAAAAAUCAAAGUUGUGAGACAAACUUGCCAGGUACAUUCAACCAACUUGUUUUUUG